AGAGGAGGAGAAGAUGGAAGAAAAGGAGGAGGAGGGAGAGAGGCAGCACUACCCGUGUCAUGUAUCUUGGGUGGAAUUCAAACCCAGGGUGCUGAGCAGGCAGGGCAGGGGCUCGGCUCCGCUCGCUAAACUUCACAGAGCCGUCAGACCUCAGACAAGACAAACACCAACACGCUUCAGACUGAGCAGAAAGACAUCUGAAGAAGGUUAAAUCUGAAUGUAAACACAUUGCUCUGUUCUCAACUGCUGCAACAAACAGUGAGGAGAAGGAGGUGUUGAUUUGGAAGAAGUGCCAAGAAACGGUCAUAAAAGGUAAAGAAGAGACACUGAUGAGUAACGAGUUGAAGGCAGCGUAACAAGUGACAAGAGUGUCUGACUUCAAUAAGAAUACUAUCAUUUUAAUUUAAUUACAACUACAAGCAAGAACAAGAAGAAGCACUGACACAUUGUAACUGGGAAAAACAUGGAGCACCUUCCACAGACAAAAGGCAAAGGGGUUUUGAUGUUUGCAAGACGCCGUCAAAGGAUUGAUGAAAUUGCUGCAGAACAUGAGGAGCUGAGGAGUAAAGGCAUACCUGUGGAAGCUUUUGUGGAACCUGAGAUAGAUGUAUCUUCAAAGCCUCCACCUCAGGAGGACAUUCCUCAUGUCCAGCAAAAUGAACAAAUCAAACAGCAAAUAAAGUAUCAGGAUCAUCAAACUCAACAGCAGAUCUUUCAUCAGCCAAACACUGGUAUAAAUGGUCUAGAUUCCUGGCAAGAUUCUUCAGCAUCCAAACCCCUCGUGUCCAAUAGAACAGCUAAGCCUUUUCUGAUUGGUCUAAAUCAAUCCCCAACACAAUUUUCUCCAGUUAGAAAUGUCCCAAGCCCAACAGUGAAAAAAUCUGAAAAUAUUUUCAAAGUUCCUGUUCCAGUAAACACAAGCCCACAGGUGUGGUCACCCACAGGAGAUAUAAUCGCCUCUCGUGAUGAAAGGAUUGUGGUACCAGCUAUCAAGACCGUAAUUCUGCCCGAAAUGAAAAGAAGAGGAACAAAUAAAGCCAACUCUAAAGAACCUCCAGAGGAUGACUACUUCAGUCUUGGUGCAGAGGCGUGCAAUUUCAUGCAAGCUCCAACCAUCAGACAAAAACACCCUCCACCAGUCCUUCCCAAGCCUACAAUCAACCCACAUUGUCCACCAUGGUCUGCAGAAGAUAAUGCCACCCACAGUCCCCUUACACCAUCAAGUCCUCUUCCAGCACAACAGAUCUGGGUUCCACCUCAACCUCAGCCAGCUACCAAACCCUGGGCUCCUUCACCAACUCGGCCCAUGCCACAGCAGCAUGUGUCUGACCAUUUACCAACCAAACCAUCGGCUUCAUAUAAGCCUACCUGGUCAUCAGAAUCACAACAGGCACUCGCCACUGCAUCUCCCUCACAGUCAAAGUUCCCAUGGACUAAGUCUCAAGUUGAUACCAGUUCUGUGGUUUCCUGUCCACCCCAACGAGCAAGCUCUUAUGUCCGUCCAUCCAAAGCUCCACCAAUUUCUUCAAUCUCAGAAAUAGGGUCCUCAGAUGGCCCAGUGCUUAAGGGGAAAGGUGCAGAACUUUUUGCUAGGCGACAGUCACGUAUGGAGAAGUUUAUAGUAGAUGCUGAGACGGUCCAGGCCAACAUAGCCAGAUCCCCCUCACCCACAAUGUCCAUGCCAAGCACCUGGAAAUAUUCUUCCAAUGUCCGAGCCCCUCCUCCUGUCUCCUAUAACCCCAUAGUGUCCCCUUUCUACCCUCCAGCAGCACAGAAACAAUCUCCUGCAACGAGCUCAAAUAUGAAGCCCAAAGGAAACAAGGAGAAACUAAAGACAGCACCAAAAAUUCUCAGUGUUAUGGAUGUGAUGAAGCAUCAGCCAUACCAGCUGGACUCAUCCCUCUUCACCUACAGCUCCAACGCUGAAGCCAAGGUUUCGAGCCCCAAAACAUCCCCCAUUCCUCCUGCAGAGUCCAAGAGAACCCAGGUCCAUAGCACUACCUAUCUGCAAGCCUCAUCCCCUGUCCAGUCUACAGGAAGUGCCCAGUCUUUUCAGCAAGGUGCACUGGCCAAACCCAGUGGACCGCUCUACAGCCGGAGCCGCUCCAUGUCUCUGCCCUGGAGACACUCCUCCAUGUCCACUGUGUCUCCGGUGUCCAGUCCAGGUUCCCAUCCCAGCCAUGGACUCGUGGACAGGCAGAUGUCCUGGGCUGAACGUCCUACAGCUCCUCGGAGCCCCCUGUGCCUGGUCAGUGAAGGCUUUGCCUCGGAAAAUGUCCAGAAUCCUACGAGCAGCGGUUUCCACUCAGCUGUGCACAGGAGGUCAUUGUCGGAGGAGAAGCCGGUGGUGUACGGUCCACCGUUCAGACCAGCGCAGCCUCUUCCCCUCGGCAACAGAUACACCACGACCUGUUCUCUUCCCAGGAAUUUCUCCCCUCACUCCGAGUAUUCCCAAACACACCGAGUCAGCUGGAGGAUGUAGAGAAGUGCGAUGCUGUGAUCCUCCUCACGCCUUCACAAAGCACAUAGACACAAAUCUAACUGUAAAUAAACAGGAACAGGAUGUUCGAACUUGCAGCAUUGAUGGAUAUAAUGAGAGGUGAAGAUCAAAGAGUAAAAAUUGAAGGAUGUUUGUAGGUUUUAUUCACUUUAAAUGUAAACAUAACACAAGCUCAAAACACUCAAAUCUACCAGCUCGUCAGUAUACUGUAUAAUGUCUGGGUUAGAGAUGAAUAUUACACUUCAGUGAGAUGUUCAGCGUGAAGUUUGCUUCUGGAGCUACGAGGCUAAUGCUACUAACAAUUACUGCAGUUACUCAGUAGUUCAGUAUAAAUCAUUAUCUGUAUCUCUGCAUUAAACCACAUCCCAGCCAAGAUAUUUUACACCCCUAAACCCCGCCCUCUAGAUUCUGUCCAAGAAACCCCACCCUCUGCCCCGCCCUCUAAACCCCACCCACUAGUUCCUGCCAUCUAAAGUUAAAGACGAAAUUUCACACACGUGUCAGUUGAUUGAAUUUAGGAUAAAUGGAUAAACUGUAAAAUCCAGUAUAUAUUUACAAAAUGUUCCUUUAAUGUGUAUUUAGUUAAAAUGAAUAGAAUUAAACUCUAAUUAAUAAGGGUGAAUAAUUGCUGUAACUUGAAGAAAGAAUGUUGAAUGUUAUGAAUAUUAAAUAGCUUUACAGAAAGUUAGAAAUAUCUAGAAUGCACAUUUCAUGGUGUGGAAGUGAUUUCACGUUUGAUUUCGUCGUGGUUUUAUUAAGUUUAAUAUUUAGUGAAAAAAGAAACGUCACGUGAGCUAAAGGUCUUCUCACAUUUACUGAUUGUUGUUGAUGUUUAAAAGUUUUGCUUGUUGAAGUGAUGGAAAGUGGAGACGUUGGAUUUCUCUCACUGAUGUGUGUUUAACAAAUAAUUAUGCUACCAUUAAAUACAAAUAAAAUAAUAAAUAAACAAACAAACAAACAAACAAAUAAAUAAAUACUACCGUUUCAGUUUAACACCA